AUGUUCACUAGCUUGUUUUCUUUAACAGCUUUCGGAUCCCAGAAUUUAACAAUGCAUUUUGUGACUGAGUUUGUUCUCCUGGGUUUUCCUAAUAGAAAAAAGAAUUUCUUCUUCUCUUUAAUCCUGGUCAUCUAUCUCUUGACCCUUUUGGGGAAUGGGGCUAUUGUCUGUGCGGUAAAAUGGGACAAGAAGCUUCACUCGCCCAUGUACAUCCUCUUGGGAAAUUUUGCCUUCCUAGAAAUCUGGUAUGUUUCCUCGACUGUCCCUAAUAUGUUGGUCAACAUCCUCUCUGAAACCAAGACCAUCUCUUUUACUGGCUGCUUCCUCCAAUUCUAUUUCUUUUUUUCAUUGGGUACAACAGAGUGUUUCUUCUUAUCCGUUAUGGCUUAUGAUCGGUACCUGGCCAUCUGUCGCCCACUACAUUACCCAUCCAUCAUGACUGGAAAGUUCUGUGUAAUCCUAGUUUGUAUCUGCUGGGUUAGUGGAUUUCUCUGCUAUCCAAUACCCAUUGCCCUUAUCGCUCAACUUCCCUUUUGUGGACCCAACAUCAUAGACCACAUUGUGUGCGACCCAGGCCCAUUGUUUGCUCUGGCCUGCAUCAAGGCUCCUUCCACUGAGCUCAUCUGUUACACCUUCAACUCAAUGAUUAUCUUUGGACCAUUUCUCUCCAUCUUAGGAUCUUACACUCUGGUACUAAGAGCUGUGUUUCGUGUUCCCUCUGGUGUUGGUCGAACUAAAGCGUUCUCUACCUGUGGGUCCCACCUAACAGUGGUGUCUCUAUUCUAUGGAACGCUUAUGGUGAUGUAUGUGAGCCCAUCAUCAGGGAACCCAGCAGGAAUGCAGAAGAUCGUCACUUUGAUAUACUCAGCAGUCACUCCACUGUUAAAUCCCCUUAUCUAUAGUCUUCGAAACAAAGAUAUGAAAGAUGCUCUAAAGAAAGUUCUGGGAUUAAAAGUCAACCAAAGCUGA